AAAAAAAAAAAAAAAAACAAGAGAAAAAAACGCCUUUGAAGAUGCAAAAAACAUGUGGCUCGCUUGGUUGCAACAGAAAAAAAGCCAAGCCAAGCCAAGACAAGCCGCCCUGCUACUGUAGAGUACUACCGUCCUGUCCCUUUCACUCCGUUUGGCUCCCUUUGCGGGGCGGGAGUGCCCUCUGUGGGGGGUAUCGAUCGCUCUCUCUCUCUCUUUGGUCUCUUCUCUUUCUCUUUUUCUUUCUAUUGCUGUGGAGCGAGCUGUAUGCUGUGAGAUGUGAGUUCUACUGCUGCUGCUGCUGCUGCCGCCGCUGCCGUCGAAGCCAAAAAAAAGCCGCCGCCCAUUUUAGUUGUGGUCCUCUUUUCCCCGUGAACGCCGAUGUGAUGAUGAUAGUUGAGAUGAUGACUGAUGAUGAUGAUGACGAUGACGACGAUGGUGGUAGUGUGUGAGAGUGUAUGAGAGUGUGGUGCGCGUCAUGUAGAAGAAGUCGAAGUCCAAGAAAAAGAAACAAAAGAAGUCGAGAAAUUCAAAACUCUCUUGUGAGCCGGCAGUGGGUGUUUGGUCUACACUGUGACCUGUGUAGAAUCACUCGCUCUGCGCAGGCUCAUAUGAGCGCAGCCGCCAAUCAUCAUGACUUCUUGGCCUGCGACGAGUGAGGCGGAUGCGGGCCA